GAUGUUUCAACACUAGAAGGCUGCUUGGUUUGAUACCUGUGUUGUGACCUGCUAAAUAUCACAAAAUUUUUGCAUUUUUGGUGCGUAUAGAAAACUGUUGAAGAUGGGAGGUGCAGUGAGUGCAGGAGAAGAUAAUGAUGAAUUAAUUGAUAACCUGAAGGAGGCACAAUACAUCCGGACAGAACUGGUAGAACAGGCGUUCCGAGCCAUUGAUCGAGCAGAUUACUACCUGGAAGAGUUCAAAGACAAUGCCUACAAGGACUUGGCGUGGAAGCAUGGAAAUAUUCAUCUCUCAGCACCGUGCAUUUACUCUGAGGUGAUGGAAGCAUUGGAUCUGCAACCAGGGCUGUCAUUUUUGAAUCUUGGCAGUGGCACUGGUUAUCUGAGUUCUAUGGUUGGACUCAUCUUGGGUCCUUUUGGUGUUAACCAUGGUGUGGAGCUUCAUUCCGAUGUGAUCGAAUAUGCAAAGCAGAAAUUGGACUUCUUCAUUAAAACAAGUGACAGCUUUGACAAAUUUGAAUUUUGUGAGCCGUCUUUUGUUACCGGCAAUUGUUUAGAGAUUUCUCCGGACUGUACUCAGUAUGACCGUGUUUACUGUGGUGCUGGAGUACAGAAGGAACAUGAAGACUACAUGAAGAACCUGUUGAAAGUUGGGGGAAUUCUUGUCAUGCCUCUAGAAGAGAAGUUGACUAAGAUAACUCGUACUGGUCCUUCUGCCUGGGAGACCAAGAAGAUUCUUGCUGUUUCUUUUGCUCCUUUGAUUCAGCCUAACCACGCAGAUUCAGGAAAAUCAAGGCUUGUUCACUUGCCCCCAGUGGCUGUCCGCAGCCUCCAAGAUCUGGCUCGCAUAGCCAUCCGAGGAACCAUUAAAAAAAUUAUACAUCAAGAAACAAUGAGCAAAAAUGGAAAUGGGCUGAAGAACCCCCCAAGAUUUAAACGAAGACGUGUGCGUCACCGUCGCAUGGAAACUAUUGUUUUCUUGGACAAAGAGGUCUUCGCUAGUCGUAUCUCCAACCCAUCAGAUGAUAACAACAACAGUGAGGAUAUCGAGGAUGAGAGACAAGAAGAGGAGGAAACUAAACCCUCUGAACUAAAGCCAGAUCCCCCUGUAAACUUUUUGAGAGAAAAGGUCUUGAGUCUGCCUUUGCCUGAUCCCUUGAAAUAUUACCUGCUUUAUUACAGGGAAAAGUAAUUUCCUUCU